AUGUUGCCCCGCUGCUUGAACCCUCCCUCCUGGUCCACCUGUAGGCUUCUCUUCUGGUUUUUGUUGCUGCUCCAAACGCCCCGGUCCUCCUCUCCGCUAAUUACAGGUACAGAGGCCAGCUGUGAGAACGAAGGCGAGGUCCUCCACAUCCCCAACAUCACCGACAACCCCUGCAUCACCUGCGUCUGCCUGGAGGGGAAGGCCGACUGUAAACAGGAGAAAUGUCCGCAGGUCUCUGAGGACUGUGCUCUGGUGGUGAAACAGACUGGAGCCUGCUGUGAGAGAUGUAAAGGUUGUAUGUUGGAUGGACGCUCCUAUAACAGCUCAGUAUCCUGGACCAGCUCCACCAAACCCUGCGUAACCAGGCGCUGUCAGGAAGGUGUCAUCACUGAAGCAGAGGUGCAGUGUGUCGUCCACUGCAAGAACCCUAAAAUCCAUCCUAAGAAGUGCUGCCCCACCUGCCCCAGUUGUAUCUUUGAGGGUCGACUGUACAAAGAAAAGGAGGAGUUCAGUCCAGAAGGAAAACCUUGCAUCAAAUGUACCUGCACUGGAGGACGGACUCUGUGCAUGAAGGAAGUGUGUCCCGUCCUGUCGUGUCCCGCACACCUCAGCCACACUCCUGCAGGACAGUGCUGUCCCCGAUGCCUUGGUCAGAGGAAGGUGUUCGAUCUUUCUUUGGGAAGCUGUUUGUUCCACAGCGAGGUUUACGAGAACGGCACCUGCUUUUUACACGAUAACUGCACCACCUGCACCUGCAAGGACUCCACGGUGGUGUGUAAAAAGAGGUGCUCGCGGCCGGGCAGUUGCCAGGGAAACCAGUGUUGUGACGAGUGCCUGUCCUACGUGAAGGUGGAGGAAGUGAAGUACUGCAGAGUCCGCAACAAGAUCUACAGGGAAGGCGACAUGUGGUCCUCCGUUAACUGCACGCUCUGCGCCUGCGUCAAAGGAAACAUCGAGUGCCGCCCCAAACACUGUGUGCCAAUCAUCAGCUGCCCCUCGAAUAAGAUCCUGAACAGAACCGGCUGCUGUCCAGUUUGCACUGAAAAGCCGGGUGUGUGUACAGUUUUUGGAGACCCUCACUACAACACGUUCGACGGCAGGACCUUUAACUUUCAGGGCACCUGUCAGUAUGUGCUGACUCGUGAAUGCGGCAGCGCCCCCUUCGCUGGGCCGGGAAGCAGCGUGAACAUCAACACCCCCGACUCCAGCUUCACGGUGUUGGUGAAGAACGACGCCCGGCGGACUCGCUCCUUCUCCUGGACUCAGUCGGUGGAAGUGAGGCUGGCAGGCUUGACCCUCAGCCUCCAUCAGCACCUGACGGUCCGGAGGAACGGCACCCGCAUCGCCCUCCCUUACCACGGCCCCGGGGUUCACAUUGACCUGGAUGGAUACCUGCUCAAACUCACCACCAUCGCAGGUCUGGAGAUCACAUGGGAUGGUGACAGUUUCGUGGAGGUCGUGGCCGCCCCCCACCUGCGCGGUCGCCUCUGCGGCCUUUGCGGUAACUACAAUGGCCACAAGCGUGACGACACCAUGGGAGGAGACGGCCAGUUCAAGUUCGACGUGGACGAGUUUGCAGAGUCGUGGCGGGUCGAGGGCAACGAGGUUUGCGCCCAGCAGCCGCCUCCUCGCCGGCCGACUUCCUUCCUGUGCCCCGGCAGCGUCAAAGUAAAGUUCCGCGCUCACCGGGAAUGUCAGAAGAUCAAGUCGUGGGAGUUUCAGAAGUGUCACCGUGUGGUCGACUUCGCCCCGUUCUACAGGUCCUGUGUGACGGACAUGUGUGAGUGUCCGGUCCAUAAGAACUGUUACUGCGAGUCCUUCAUCGCCUACAGCCGCGCCUGCGAGAGGGAAGGAGUGCCCGUCCUCUGGAAGCCUGACACCGCCUGCGUGGCCACCCAGUGUAAACACGGCGCCGUCUACGACACCUGCGGACCGGGCUGCACCAAAACCUGCGACAACUGGAACGAGAUUGGACCGUGCCACAAGCCCUGCGUGGCCGGCUGCCACUGCCCCGCCAACCUGGUGCUGUUCCAGGGACGCUGCAUCAAACCCACCGCCUGUCCUGGACGGUGA